AUUUAUAAUGAAUAUGGUUACGAAAACACUAUUGUUGUGCAUUGUUGGCGUUGUGUAUGCAUCACAUGGCAGUGAAGAACAUGUGGAUUAUUUUGCUCCAGCGCACUAUAAUUUUGAUUACGCUGUAAAAGAUCCACACACUGGUGAUCAUAAGGCCCAAUGGGAAAAACGUCAUGGAGACCAUGUAGAAGGUGAAUACACAGUACAUGAUGCUGAUGGUACUGUACGUGUUGUUCACUAUGUGGCUGAUCCACAUAAGGGUUUUAAUGCUGAAGUAAAGCGUGUUGGUCAUGCUCAACAUCCACAACAUUAUAAAACUUUCGACGAUGGCCAUCAUUAGACCCAUUUUGAAUUGUACGAGUGCAUUUUGCACCAA